CCAUGUGGCGUGGCCGGCAUAGGAUGUCUGUCAUUUAAAUAGUGUGAGGAACGAGAACUAGUAGAGGGAGACCGAGAGGAGGAAACCCGGAGACAGAAAUCACACGGGAGAGAUAGCAGGGAGGGGAGAGAGAUCACACGCAGGAGGGGAGAGAGAUCACACAGGAGGAGAGGCAGAGAGGAGGAGACAGCUGUAACCUGCUGCAUCAGGAGGGAUAAUAAUACCUGCUCAGGCAUUACAGACACCCGGGAGAGACAUCCUCACCAGCAAGGCACAAGAUCUUCUGCAGAGAGUGAACAUGGAGGACAUAGUGAUAGCAGGAAUAGCGGGGAGGCUGCCGGAAUCAGACAAUCUGCAGGAAUUCUGGGAAAACCUCAUAGGAGGAGUGGACAUGGUAACAGAGGAUGACAGAAGGUGGAAACCAGGACUGUAUGGAUUACCAAAAAGAAAUGGAAAACUUAAAGAAAUCAACAAAUUUGAUGCCUCAUUUUUUGGUGUUCAUCCUAAGCAAGCUCACACUAUGGAUCCACAGUUGCGCUUACUCUUGGAAAUUUGCUACGAGGCCAUAGUAGAUGGAGGUAUUAACCCAUCAGAUCUACGUGGCACAAGCACAGGGGUCUGGGUAGGCGUUAGUGGAUCAGAAGCGGGUGAAGCCUUUAGUCGGGAUCCAGAAGAGUUGCUGGGGUACAGCAUGACUGGAUGCCAACGUGCCAUGUUUGCAAAUCGUAUCUCAUACUUUUUUGAUUUAAAAGGCCCCAGUUUGGCUAUUGACACCGCAUGCUCCUCUAGCUUAUUGGCGUUAGAAAAUGCAUACAAAGCAAUCUACCAUGGGCAGUGCAACGCAGCCAUCGUAGGGGGAGUCAACUUACUUCUAAAACCCAACACAUCAGUACAGUUCAUGAAACUGGGCAUGCUGAGCCCUGACGGAACCUGCAAGUCUUUUGAUGCCUCCGGAAAUGGAUAUUGUCGUUCUGAAGCUGCUUGUGCUGUCCUGGUCACUAAGAAGUCUAUGGCAAAACGGGUUUAUGCAACUAUUGUAAAUGCUGGAAGCAAUACAGAUGGCUAUAAAGAGCAAGGAGUGACCUUCCCAUCCGGAGAAGUGCAGCAGCAGUUGCUGAACUCUUUGUACAGAGAGGCCGGAAUCCAGACCAGUGAGGUGGAAUACGUGGAAGCACAUGGCACAGGCACUAAGGUUGGAGACCCACAGGAAGUAAAUGGGAUUGUCAAUGUUUUCUGCAAGUCAGAACGAGAGCCGUUGUUAAUUGGAUCCACCAAAUCAAAUAUGGGCCAUCCAGAGCCUUCCUCUGGUCUUGCAGCAUUAGCUAAGGUAAUUUUAUCCCUGGAGCAUGGUGUCUGGGCCCCAAAUCUACAUUACAAGAAUCCAAACCAAGAUAUUCCAGCUUUGCAAGACGGCAGAAUCCAAGUAGUGACUGAGCCCAUCCCAGUUAAAGGCGGCAUUGUUGGUAUCAACUCUUUUGGUUUUGGUGGCUCCAAUGUCCAUGUGAUCUUGAGACCAAACACGAAGAAGCUGACCUCUAGUGAGGGGACUCUGUCUCUUCCCCGUCUGGUUCAGGUCUGUGGCAGGACACAGGAGGCAGUUGAGUAUCUGAUAGAGAAGAGUCAAAAACUUGCCACAGAUGCCACAUUUGUGGACUUGUUGAAUAACAUCUCUGGGAUUUCCCCCUCAUCCAUGACAUAUCGGGGUUACACACUUGUGGGCACGGAAAGUAACGUGAAGGAGAUCCAGCAGACACAGGCAUCCGGCAGACCCCUUUGGUACAUCUGUUCAGGAAUGGGAACACAAUGGAAAGGGAUGGGACAUAGUCUUAUGAACCUAGAUGCCUUCCGUGAGUCCAUUAUGCGGUCUGAUGAAGCAUUAAAAGGAACUGGACUAAAAGUGUCAGACCUUCUGCUCCAUGCUGAUGACAGCACCUUUGAGGACACUGUACAUGCAUUUGUUGGGCUUGCUGCUAUUCAGAUUGCCCAGAUUGAUAUGCUGAAAGCAAUGAAACUGGAACCUGAUGGCAUUGUUGGGCACUCAGUUGGAGAAUUAGCCUGUGGUUAUGCAGAUGACUCCCUCAGCCAUGCUGAAGCCAUCCUUGCCGCUUACUGGAGAGGUCGAUGUAUCAAAGAGGCAAAGCUUCCGCCAGGUGGAAUGGCUGCAGUUGGGUUGACUUGGGAGGAAUGCAAAAUUCAGUGCCCACAGGGUGUGGUACCUGCCUGCCAUAACUCAGAGGACACGGUCACCAUAUCGGGUCCCCAGGAUUCUGUGCGAGACUUUGUUGCAAAACUGAAGCAGGAUGGGGUAUUUGCCAAAGAGGUGCAGAGUGCGGGGGUGGCCUUUCACUCAUAUUACAUGGCAUCUAUUGCACCAUCCCUUCUCAGUGCCCUGAAAAAAGUUAUUACUAUUCCAAAACGGCGUUCUCAUCGUUGGAUCAGUACGUCUAUCCCUGAGUCUCAGUGGCAGAGUGACCUUGCUCAGUUCUCAUCAGCCGAGUACCACGUGAAUAAUUUAGUCAGUCCAGUCUUAUUCCAGGAAGGCUUACAGAGCAUCCCCGAAAAUGCUGUAGUGGUGGAAAUUGCCCCCCAUGCCCUUCUUCAGGCAAUCUUGAGGAGAAGUUUGAAACCAACCAACACAAUCCUCCCAUUAAUGAAAAAAGGACAUAGUAACAAUCUAGAGUUUUUUCUUGCAAACAUUGGAAAAGUCUACUUGAAUGGAAUUAAUGUUCAGUGUAAUAAUAUCUACCCUUCAGUGGAGUAUCCUAUUCCCGCUGGAAGCCCCCUCAUCUCCCCUCUUAUUCAGUGGGAUCACAGCCAAACCUGGGAUGUCCCCAAACCUGAAGAUUUCCCUGCUGGUUCAGGGGGAUCAUCAUCCGCCACUGUCUAUAACAUAGAUAUGAGCCCUGAUUCUCCUGAUAUUUUUAUGAAUGGACAUUGCAUCGAUGGUCGGGUUCUGUACCCAGCUACAGGAUAUUUGGUUUUGGCAUGGAGAACGCUAGCAAGAUCCAUGGGUGUUGUUAUGGAACAGACACCUGUCAUUUUUGAAGAGGUUACAAUCCACAGAGCAACAAUUCUCCCAAAAACAGGAAUUGUCCAGCUGGAGGUCCGACUCACGCCAGCGUCAAAGCGGUUUGAGGUCUCUGAAAACGGAAAUCUGUCCGCUAGUGGUAAGAUUUCUAUCAUGGAGGAAAAUAGCUUGAAUGAUUUCCGAAAUCAGCAAAAUCAGCUGUCAGAUUCAGUGACCAAGAGCAAUGAAACGGAAGAUUUCUUAUUGUCAGACAAAGACGUCUACAAAGAACUGCGGCUGCGGGGGUAUGACUACGGACCAACUUUCCAAGGAAUUAUAGAGUCCAACAGCAGAGGGGACAAGGGAAAACUGCUGUGGACUGGCAACUGGGUGACAUUCCUGGACAAUAUGCUGCAAAUGUUGGUUUUAGGGAUAAAAGGCCGUAGCCUUCGUUUACCAACAAGGAUCCUCUCUGUCUACAUUGACCCUGCAAUACAAGAAGAAGGAGCAUGUGUGUCUCCAGAUAACAGACAAGCUAUUCCUGUUGCUGUUAACACCUGUUUAGAGAAAAUAGUGUCUGGAGGAGUUCAGAUAUCUGGGCUCCAUGCCACCACAGCACCCCGGCGGCAGCAGCAGCAAACGCCACCUACCCUAGAGAGCUUCAUAUUCACCCCUUACUUUGAAGACAAAUGUCUACGAGACAACCAUGACCUACAGUCUCUUCUAGAGCAAUGCACAGAUAAGAUUUAUGAAUUAGAGUCAAAAGUAGCACAGCAUGGAUUAAAAAUCGGUAUUCCAAGCACCAAGACUGCCAGAAGAACCAGAAAGGACAAUAGGAUUAGUAAUUCCGCAGACCACGGCCUUCUAAAUGUCCUCACAGAGAUCUGCAACCUUGAGCUAAACGGCAACCUGCACUCUGAACUGGAAGAAACUCUGAUGCAGAAGGACAAUCAGCUCCGAGAUGACCCUCUUCUGAAUGGGUUGCUCUAUUCUCCGAAUCUUAAAACAUGUCUAGAUACAGUCUUGGAGAACAGCAAUGCAAAAAAAAUGAAGAUUAUUGAAGCACUGUCCGGAAAUGGUAGCCUGUCUUCUUGUGUUCUAAGUCUGCUGAACACCCAGCCAAUGCUUCAGGUAGACUACAUUGCAACUGACCAAACUUUGAAAGUACUCUCCGCACUGGAGGACAAUCUAAAAGAAAUUGGGGUUUCUGUGGAGCAGUGGGACCCAUUGAACCCACCUCCUAGCAAUUUAGGUGGUGCUGAUCUGCUAGUGUGUAACAGUUCAGCUCAUCUGCUAAGGGAUCCAAGACAGGUUCUCCUGAAUAUGGCAGCAGCUGUGAAUGAAGGAGGAUUUGUUUUGCUUCAUACUCUUCUUAAAGGAGAUACUCUUGGAGAAACCAUAGCCUUUCUGAGGACACAGAACCUCCAGGAAAAAGAUGGUCUCCUCUCCCAGGCAGAGUGGGAGAAGUUGUUUGACAGCGCCUCCUUGGACCUGGUUGCUUUGAAAAAAUCCUUCUACAGCUCCGUCAUUUUCUUAUGUCGUCGACGUAUCCCUGUGAAGACGCCGGUUUUCCUAUCUGUUGAGGACAUGGACUGCACUUGGGUGGAAUCACUGAAGAACUCUAUGGCAGACACAACAGAUGACCAUAUUUGGCUUACAUCCAUGAAGCAACCCAAUUCUGGUAUUGUGGGGAUGUUAAAUUGUCUGCGCCAGGAGCCUGGAGGGCACAGAAUCAGGUGCAUCUUUAAUUCUGAUGUGAAAUCAUAUGAUGUUUCUGAUAAUGAGCUUCAACAGCUGCAGCAUAAGGAUCUGGUGAUGAAUGUCUACCAGGGAGGAAAGUGGGGAGCUUUCCGUCACGUCUCCUUUCAUAAGGAACAAGCUCAGGAUAAAACAGCUUUUGCCUUCGUGAAUGUACUGACCCGUGGGGACCUUUCCACGUUACGCUGGAUAGCCUCUCCUCUACGCAACUUUCAGCCUACCAAUCCUAAUGUGAAACUGUGUAAAGUCUACUACGCAUCGCUCAAUUUCCGUGACAUUAUGUUGGCCACUGGGAAGCUCCCCCCAGAUGCGAUCCCUGGUGACAUGGCACUACAGCAGUGCAUGCUGGGAAUGGAGUUUUCAGGUCGUGACCCUGCUGGCAAAAGGGUCAUGGGGCUUCUUCCAGCAAAAGGCCUCGCUACUGUGGUAGAUGCCGACCAGCGAUUUUUGUGGAAUGUUCCAGAGGACUGGUCCUUGGCUGAUGCAGCCUCAGUCCCAGUGGUCUAUGCAACAGCUUACUAUGCCCUUGUAGUACGAGGACGUUUAAGAAAGGGCGAGAGUGUUCUCAUCCACUCUGGAUCAGGAGGUGUUGGCCAAGCCGCCAUAGCAAUAUCUCUCAGCUUGGGGUGCCGUGUAUUCACCACAGUCGGAUCUGCAGAGAAACAGGAAUACCUCCAGAGUAGGUUCCCACAGCUUCAUGCCGACUGCUUUGCUAAUUCCAGAAACACAUCUUUUGAACAACAUGUUCUCCAUGCUACUGGAGGGAGAGGCAUCGAUCUGAUUUUAAACUCUCUGGCAGAGGAAAAGUUGCAGGCCAGCCUCCGCUGCCUAGCACGUCAUGGCCGUUUCUUAGAAAUCGGCAAAUAUGAUCUGUCUAACAACAGUCCAUUGGGGAUGGCUCUGUUCCUGAAAAAUGUGGCAUUCCAUGGAAUCCUACUUGAUGCCCUCUUUGAAGAUGGAAAUAAAGAAUGGGAAGAAGUGUCAGAUCUGUUAAAAUCUGGAAUAAAAGAUGGAGUGGUGAAACCAUUAAAAUGCACUGUCUUCACCCGUGAUGAGGUGGAGCCAGCCUUCCGAUUCAUGGCCCAAGGAAAGCACAUUGGCAAAGUGCUCAUAAAGGUGCGUGAUGAAGAGGUGGGGUCAGCUCGUGAGUCUGAAGUUCUACUACCAGCAAUUCCUCGGACAUCCUUCCCUCCAACAAAGUCCUACAUCAUCACAGGGGGCCUUGGUGGAUUUGGUUUGGAGUUAGCUCAAUGGUUAAUUGAAAGAGGUGCUCAAAAUCUAAUCCUGACGUCUCGAUCUGGGAUACGAAAUGGCUAUCAAGCCAAACAAGUCCAGAGUUGGAAGGAAGCUGGGGUUACUGUGAUUGUUUCUACCAAAGAUGUAGCCUCCAUAGGUGGAACUCGGCAACUGAUAGAAGAAGCAUCACAGUUAGGACCUGUGGGUGGAAUAUUUAACCUAGCUAUGGUUCUUAAAGAUGCCAUGAUUGAAAACUUAUCCACAAAACUGUUUCAGGAUGUGAACAAACCAAAGUAUGAUGGUACUCUCAACCUCGACAGGGUCAGCCGAGAAAAGUGCCCGGAGCUGGAUCACUUUGUGGUAUUUUCAUCUGUGAGUUGUGGUAGAGGAAAUGCUGGGCAGAGCAACUAUGGAUUUGCCAACUCAACAAUGGAACGUAUUUGUGAGAAGCGACGACAGGACUAUCUGCCAGGCUUGGCUGUGCAGUGGGGAGCUAUUGGCGACGUUGGAGUCGUGCUGGAAACAAUGGGAAGUAAUGACACCGUGAUAGGUGGGACAUUACCUCAGAGGGUUAGUUCCUGUCUGGAAGUUCUGGACCAGUUCCUAAACCAGCCUCAUCCCGUUAUGUCCAGUUUUGUCCUAGCUGAGAAAACCAUCUCUGUCAAAACUAAAGGAGUUGGGCAGCAGGAUUUGGUGGAAGCUGUGGCUCACAUUUUAGGUGUCCGGGAGGUGAGCAGUCUGAAUCCUGAUACUACAUUGGCUGACUUGGGACUGGAUUCUCUAAUGGGUGUAGAGGUGCGACAGACACUGGAGCGUGAUUAUGAUAUUGUCAUGGCAAUGAGAGAAGUUAGACAACUAACAAUCAACAAGUUGCGUGAGCUGUCUUCCAAACCGGGAAAUACUGAAGAAUCCAAGCCCUCUCAGAAAUCCUCUGUGCAGCCAGAUCUCAGUUUCCUGGAUCUCAACAACCUCCUGGUGAAUCCUGAUGCUUCCACCAUCACUAAGCUUAACGAUGUGCAAAGUAAUGACCGUCAUCUCUUCCUGGUGCACCCUAUUGAGGGGUCAAUUGCAGCAUUCCAGAGUUUAGCAUCCAAACUCAACAUAUCUUGCUAUGGACUCCAAUGUACUAAAGCUGCUCCGCUGGACAGCAUCCAGGACCUUGCAGCCUUCUACAUCCAGUGCAUAAAGCAAGAGCAGGCAGAAGGCCCUUACUGGAUAGCCGGAUACUCAUUUGGAGCUUGUGUGGCCUUUGAGAUGUGCUCCCAACUGCAAGCCCAGCAGGACAGCUCACAUGCACCUGACAGUUUGUUCCUUUUCGACGGGUCACAUUCCUACGUUGCUGCACAUACACAGAGCUACCGUGCCAAAUUAACUCCGGGCAGUGAUGCCGAGGCUGAAACAGAGGCUCUCUGCGCAUUCAUCCAGCAAUUCACUGGUACAGAAUAUAACAAGCUACUGGAAACUCUCCUCCCGCAGAAGGACUUGGAGGCCAGAGUCAAUGCUGCAGUGGAACUGAUAACACAGAGUCACAGGUCCAUCAAUCCGGAGGCCCUACAAUUUGCAGCCUCCUCCUUCUACUAUAAGCUGAAAGCCGCAGACCAGUAUGUCCCAGUUGAUAAGUAUCAUGGAAACAUUACGCUGCUGAGGGCAAAGACACGAAAUGAGUAUGGAAUUGGCCUUGGAGCAGACUACAGACUGUCAGAGGUGUGCGAUGGGAAGGUGUCCAUUCAUGUCAUAGAAGGGGAUCAUCGCACCUUCCUGGAAGGAACUGGAGUUGAAUCCAUUAUCAGCAUCAUUCAUGGUUCCCUAGCUGAACCUCGCACCAGUGUCCGGGAGGGUUAGACAAAUGCACUGAAGCAGUCAUCUCCUUGCCAGGUUUACAUAGGCUCCACGCUCACAAAGGAGAAAAUGGCUUCAUAGCAAAAUAAACAGGACAUUUGGUUUUUCAUCCAGGCAUCAGCACAGUCAAGUAGGGCAGGGCCCCACCCACACUGCCCAGUGCCAUAAUGGCCGCUCCAGUGGUCAUCCCUGGAGUGCUACCCUUCUUCACCUUCUCUGCUCUAUGUUGUACUGAACACAGUAAAAGAUACCAUGCCUCCUACAUAUGAUAGGAGUAAAGUUCAUUUUGCAGCAUGUUGUUAUUAUCAGUAUUCCAAAGGCAAGACAUAGCACUUAGAAAACCAUGCACCCCCACAUAAGAGUAAAUAGGAUUUGUUCUCUGAGGCAUCGCCAUGCCUGUGAAGGGACCAGGAAGUCUGACAAUGACACAGGUCUUUGUAAAGUGGAACCUCUGUCAAUCUUACUGUCUGGGUGUCUGUGUUUUAUUUUUUUUAUAAUUAUUAUUUUGUUUUUAAUGUUAAGUAUUUAUUGUAUCUCUUAUUUUACACCGGGUCACUCAUUCACUGGUUGGAGAUGCAUUUAGCAUCAAUCCUGUAUCACUUAUUAGAGUAAAACUAAUCCCUGAUGUAUGCAUAUAGUAGGGACAGUUUGAAAAAAAUCUUCCCUGUAUGUAUAAGAUUAACCUAUAAGAUAGGAAAGGGAAAGCAAGAGUUAAUUCUGAACAAUGGAUUUAAUAUGCAGAUGGUAAGAGAUUCUCUGCUCUGCCUGUCCCUUGUCGCUAAAUAAAAGCAAAGACGUUAAGUUAGCGCCAUAUGUCUGCAAGACAUAUUUCUGUAAUAACGGACAGAACUUGGGAUCUUUCAUUCAUUAUUUGUCAUUUGAAGUCUUUCUUUAUAGCAAGGGCUGGCAAUACCUAGCACUUUGGUAAACUGCAAGUCUAUCAAUAAUAAGAGUUUAAAAAAAGCAUAAAGUGAAAGUGAACUUGCUUUGUAAGGCUCAAAUAAGUUAAAAUCUCAAGGGAGAAAUCAAAUUAGUUAGGGUGGGGGGUGGGGGGGGGGGUGCAUCUUCUAGUGGGAGAGUGAACCUGUCACCUGUAUGAUACAGGUGUUCUACACUAGAAUUUUCCUUGAAGGAAAUGAAAAGUUCUGCUGCACUUAUGACACAGAGAUGAGAGGUGGACAACGGUAUAAUGUACUGUCAUCUGAAGACUCAGGAACUCUAGUUGCAUUAAGGAGUAUGGCCUUUGCAGAUCUUAAGAACCUGCUAGGACUUUCACUGUCAGUUAAAGUACCUUUUGUGAUCCUCCCUCUGUUGACCGCAGCAGACCAAGUGUAAUGUAGGUCUAUAUAUUUUAGUAAAAACAAAUAAUUGUGAUGGUUUCUUUUUUUCAUACAUUAUUUUCUUGCUCCUGUUAAAUAUUGCUGCUUCAAGAUAGUCUUGUGUAUGUUGCACUCUCAUAUUAUUAAAAAUGAGGUAAACAAA